ACUAAUCACGUGACGUCCGGGCGGACAUGCGCACUGGGUCUUUGCUGGGACAAAGAUCGUCUAUUGUUUGUGGUGGGGACUGUGUGCGGCCGAAAUGUCAGGAUUUUUGGAUAACAUCAGAUGUUCGGAAUGCGAAUGUAUUGAUUGGAGUGAAAAACGAAAUGCCAUUGCAUCUAUAGCUGCUGGCGUGUUGUUUUUCACAGGCUGGUGGAUUAUCAUCGAUGCUGCUGUGAAAUACCCUGAUAUGGACAGAUUCAACCACUCCUACCAUACCUGUGGAGUUAUAGCAACACUCGCAUUUCUCAUGAUAAACGCCGUUUCAAAUGGACAAGUUCGCGGCGAUGGCUACAGUGAAGGCUGUAUGGGCCAGACAGGUGCUCGAAUCUGGUUGUUCAUUGGUUUUAUGCUGGCAUUUGGAUCUCUCAUUGCAUCUAUGUGGAUUCUUUUUGGAGGUUAUGUAGUCCCACAAAAGCCUGAUGUUUACCCUGGUAUUGCUGUCUUCUUCCAAAAUGCAUUUAUCUUCUUUGGGGGCCUAGUCUUUAAGUUUGGGCGCACAGAGGAUUUGUGGCAAUAAACAUCCAAGAUAUGCAGUAUAUCUGAACAUAUUCCUUGUCAUGUAUCUGUCGUCACAUUUUGCUUUGAAUUUUCUUUCCCAGAGUUUACAGGCCAUAACCCUUCCACUUCCCGUUGAAUUUUGUCAAUUAUAUUGGACUUUGUAAUAGAAAUAUAGCUUGCUUUGGAUAUAUAAUAUAAAUGAAAAAUGGUGGAAUAGAAUUCAAAACCUUUGCAGAUUGAGGUGCAGAAUUAAGUUUUUAAUAAUGAAUGGGAAUUUCCUGACAGAGUUUAAUUGGUAAGUUGCACUACAAUUCACUGGUUUUCAUGUUAACCUUUCACUUUCCUGAGAAAUUCUUCUUCCCUGUACUCUCAUGGUAGUUAGUGGUGUGACCAAGGGUGGGCACAAUUUCACAAAGCUGGUCAACAAUUGGGACCGCCUCAUGGAGCUGCUUUGCAAGUUUCUACAUAUUGAGUAGAGACCAGGACCUUGAGUCUGGAAGACAGAUAAGCAGAAGAAAAUAUAGUGAGCUAAGGUAGGAAUAGGUUCUUGAAUAGAGAAACUAAGUUAUGAACAGUUCUGUGGAGGAAGGAACUGCAGAUGCUGGAAGAUAGACACAAAAUGAUUGUGUAAGUCAGUGGGUGAGACAGAAUCUCUGGGGGAAUCAUGCAAGUCUUGAUGGUAGCUGCCGUGGUUGACAGCAGGUUCGCUUGCACUGGAUUAUAUUGGUUUAACCAGAUAUGGCAAGAAAAACAUGAAGCCAAAUAAUUUGUACUUCCAACUCUUUCUCAUUUGGAACAAUUGUAACUGCAGAGAAUUUGAAUGGUGUGAACUUGAGAUGCCUAAUAGGUCGUCUCCUCUUUUGGACUGGAAAGUGACAUGGAUACAUCAUAUUUGUAAUGUCAGACCUGGGGAAUUCAUAUCCAAUGUAUUUUAACUGUAUAAAACCUGUGUAUAUAAAACAUUUGUACUGCACCUUGCAUAAUGUUAACAUCUUAGUGCAAAAAUGAAAUAUUUUUGCAAUCCAGUCACAAUUGCUGUGUGUUUCACCGUUAUCCAAGGCUCCAUAAAUAAUGAGUGAAGAUUUUGCAUUUAACUUUAUGUUGAAACUGUGGUGAGGGUCUGAUUAUCUGCACCAUGUUUUAUACUGAUAAGAUUUCAUAAGUUAUAGAGAAUCCUGAUCACUUUAGUUCUCUUCUGUAGGAAGGAACUGCAGAUUCUGGUUUACACUGAAGACAGACACAAAAUGCUGGAGUGACUCGGUGGGCCAGGCAGCUUCUCUGGAGAGGAGGAAUGGGUGAUGUUUCAAGUCUGAAGAAGGGUCUCGACCCAAAACGUCACCCAUUUCUUCUUUCCAGAGUUGCUGCCUGUCAAUAGACAAUAGGUGCAGGAGUAGGCCCUUCGAUCCAGCAUCGCCAUUCAAUGCGAUCAUGGCUGAUCAUCCACAAUCAGUACCCCGUUCCUGCCUUAUCACCAUAUCCCUUGACUCCACCAUAUUUAAGAGCUCUAUCUAACACUCUUGAAAGCAUCCAGAGAAUUGGCCUCCACUGCCAUCUGAGGCAGAGAAUUCCACAGAUUCAAAAUUCUCUGGGUGAAUAAGUUUUUCCUCAUCUCCGUUCUAAAUGGCCUACCCUUUAUUCUUAAACUGCGGCUCCUGGUUCUGGACUCCCCCAACAUCGGGAACAUAUUUCCUGCCUCUAGCGUGUCCAUUCCCUUAAUAAUCUUAUGUUUCAAUAUGAUUCCCUCUCAUCCUUCUAAAUUCCAGUGUAUACAAGCCCAGUCUCUCCAUUUUAUCAACAUAUGACAAUCCCGCCAUCCCGGGAAUUAACCUUGUGAACCUACGCUGCACCCCCCCAAUAGCAAGAAUGUCCUUCCUCAAAUUUGAAGACCAAACCUGCACACAAUACUCCAGGUGUGGUCUCACUAGGGCCCUGUACAACUGCAGAAGGACCUCUUUGCUCCUAUACUCAACUCCUCUUGUUAUGAAGGCCAACAUGCCAUUAGCUUUCUUGACUGCCUGCUGUACCUGCAUCUUGCUGAGUUACACUAGUAUUUUGUGUCUAACUUUAGUUCUCUUAUUCUCCCCCAUUUUCAAGAUGCUUAAAUCCAUUUAUGAAUCAGUCUAGUUAUAAACCACAAGCAGCAAUAGGUAAUUUAGAUGUUACAGAGAACAAUUGUCUGAUUUUUGGAAAGUGAUUUAGCUGAUUUUGUAUUACAAUAAUGUACUUUUUUUAUUCAGCUAACUAGGUAGGCAUUUGUUGAGGACAUGGAUAAAGUUCAGCCACUUAAACCUGAUUUGCAAAUUAACAAAGUUGGCAGUUAUGUCCAGUAUUAGUCAUGAUGCGAAGAGUAAUGCUUGAAGUGCUCAACAGAGCCUGUAAUAUCAGUGAGGACAAAGUUGACAUUGGAGCCCAGUCUCCCUCUUUGAUUCCUAUUGCCAGCAUCUCUAACGUGUCUUGCUCCAGUAAGCCAUGGUGACCCUGAUUAUUGUGCAGUGGGUAGGUAGCUAAUUAGUCAUAUUGCUAUAGUUCCAUUUCUCACUUUCAAAACUAGUGCUAAUGAUUAGCAAUGCUUUUUUUGUAUAUUCCUGUCUUUUGUACAUAAUUUAGUUUUGCACAGAAAUGCAAUGCAAACUUAAGUUUAAUGCAAUUAUCAAUGACCUUUCUAUUGGCAAGUUAUCAUGAGGCCGCAUUCUGUAUUCUAAUGACUUGCUACUUUGUGUAAUUGAUAUUUAAUUUGUGAUGUAUACAUGCAACGUAACAGUUACUGAAAGUAUUGUUAAGAAUCAGUUCAAUUAAAGCCAAAUUUCAAAGCUUCAA